AUGAUACGCCUCCCUGACGAGAUCUGGCAUGACAUCUUCUCUCGGCUCCUAUGCGGCAUCCCCAAUGUAAAAUGGACUCUGCUUCGGGACAGGAUGAAUCGCGAUCCUCUCAAGAUCCUGAUAAUUCUAUCCCUCGUAUCUCGCCAAUUUCACCGUGUAGCUCAGGGUCUGCUCUUCCGAAUAAUCGUGUCCGGCGUUAGAGACGAUGAGCACGAGCGCCAGGCCAAGCUCGCCCGUACCCUAGCUACUCAUCCCGACUUCGGUCUCAAUGUUAGGGCCAUCGCCAUCGAUGAUAUCGAGUGGCCAAGAGAUGCCGGCUUUUCCAACAUGCUUGAGGAGUGCCUUGACUCUCUCAACAUGCCUCAAUCCUUCCAGAGACUUUGGGACAAGAAGAUGCACAGUGCCCACGUCAACAUGACCCCUCGCAACAGAAACAACCUGACAAGUUUUAUUCUGGCCCUGACACCCUACGUGAGACUCGUCGACAUCACAUACAGUUGCCCGUCCAAAGCCUUGUUCUGGCUGCUGGGUGGAAGUCUGGGCAAGCGGAAGGAACUUGCCUACGCCGACUGUAGCGAGUUCUUUGGCAACGAAGAUGAGCAGACGCCCUACGGCAACGUGGCAGAAACCUAUGCCAACCAUCUCCCAAACCUGCAAGAGUUGCGCCUGAGAGGAGUCGGCUACAACUCGGCCAUUGAGCCAAGCCCACCCAUCACCGACUUUAGGCGCGUCUUGAUUCACCCCAACCUCAGGAUACUGCGAGCCCAGGGCUUCCACUGGCUGGGCUUUGAGAAGGAGACGAGGCUCUGGGCCAGUUUUCCCAUUCGUCUCCAGUGUCUGGACAUCUCCGAAGCCAUCAUUGAUGCCCCAACAAUCAGACACAUCCUGGCCAUCUGCAAGGAUCUCCGUAGCCUCUACAUCACACUCGGGAAUGUCCGCAAGUCAGGAUUUGAUAUCAACUGGGAAUUCGACCUGACCAGCAUUGGCCACUCGUUGAGGGAAUUCGGCCGGAACCUAGUCGAGUUUGGUUUACACACCGACGGCUUUGAAGAGCAUCGUCAUUGUUAUGGGAGAAUUGGCUCUCUGGAAAGCAUGCCACGCCUGAAGCAUCUCUGUAUCACAAAGGAAAACCUUGUGGGCGUCCACGGGCUUGAGGAAACGAAGCUACUCAACGAGGCCCUACCCUUCACACUAGAGACGUUGUGCCUCUACUCCGAAUUUUACCAUCCCCCGGAUGCCGACUAUCCCGAUGUCUUCCAGGAGGUCAACGACGAAGUUUGUGGUGUGCUGGUGGGCGGCGAUUACCCUGACUUGCGAGAGGUCACCAUAUUGCGGCUCAGCGUGGAGGAAAAGGUCAGAGGUGGUGAGUUUGGCGGCGCUGUCGAGGGAUGGGACCUCAUUGAAACGAUGCAGCUCGAACAAGGGUACAAUCCCAAGAAACUGAUGCACCUUAAUACAUAUCUUACUCGGAAAAGGCCAUACGGGCCGGAUGUAGCGAACUCAGCUUGA